UUGAGUGGUGAGCACCGUCGUGUGGAAAUGACUUGGAUUCGGCUUGGAUUCCAGACGCUUCUGUGCUGCCUGCUGUUGCUCUUCGCCCCCGAAGUGUUUGGCCGCACAAAUGCCAGAAGGACGGCCAACGAGGCCAGUCUCUAUAGCGAUGCGGACAAUGUGAUUAUGCUGGACAUUGGCUCACUGAGGCCAGUCCUGAACCUGAAAACCAACAAGCUGGUCCAGUUCUUGAACACCUUCUGCGGCGACUGUCAGCGCUUUGCACCGGUCUACAAGGGGCUAGCCCGUGACCUGUACAAGUGGCGCAGACUGCUCCGAUUCUAUGCCGUGGAUUGCGCCCAGGAGCGGAAUGCCGAACUCUGCCGGGUGUUCAGUGUGCGCCAGACGCCCUCGCUGCGCUUCUUUGAUCCCGACACGGAGAAGAGGCAGAAAUUCCUUGGCUCUGUCAUACCCACGCAGGAUCCCAAGCUUAUAACUGCCGUUCUGGCCGAUUUAUUGGGCCAAUAUGAGUACGCAGCCGAUGUGGCAAACUUCCGUUAUCUAACACCAAAUGAUACGGCAGAGACAGUAUUCCGGGAUCAUCAGGGUUUGGACAGCCCCGUCAAAUACAUUGCCCUCGUGCUGCAGCCAAGAAAGGCUCACAUUGGCAGGGACUUGCUGCUGGAUUUGCUUCCCUUCAAAGAAGUGGCAGUGAGAAUUGUGCCAGAUGCCCAGAUUUUUGCCAACUUUGGUUUGGUACCCACCAAAGAAUCACUAGCAAUAAUCGAUCGAAGUGGCAAUGCCCAGUAUUUGGAACCUGCUUCCAAUACAAGCCAAGAUUAUGCGAACACGGUUGGGGAAUUCCUGAAAAAGCUCAACUUUAAGCCAGAUCCGCCACUGCCCAUCGCUGUGGCCACGAACGACAAUGAGUUUCUGGAUCAGCGGAAUCAAGCCGUCCUUGCUGAGGUCCUUAAACCGCCACUCAAGAUCUAUCGUGCCGAUCUGGAGCAGGCCAUCGACAAGAUCCUGCACAACGAACUUCACAAAUACUUUUUCUUUCAGGGUGGAAAUGAUCUCGCCCUGCAUAACGUAAUGAAGGCUUUGAUGUAUUUGAAUCCCCUGAACAAGGAUGGUAGGGAACUGGUGACCAGAGUGUACCGCUCCACACAACGGAGAUUGGACAAAGGAUCUGAGUUCAAGCAGUUAAUUGAAUCAGAGGAAAAGCACCUGAAGGUUUUCAAGGCAAAGCGCUACAUUGGCUGCAUUGGAACUCGACCCCUCCUACGGAGCUUCACCUGCUCCCUGUGGACACUGUUUCACCACUGGACCGUGGAGGCUGCGAAGAAACCGCACCAUUUUCAGCCGGGCAACAUUCUUAAUACCAUUCAUGGAUUUGUCAGGUACUUCUUCGGCUGCUCGGAUUGUUCCAAACACUUUCAAGAGAUGGCAAAUCGGCGAAAUAUGUCGCAAGUGAAAACCUCUGACGAGGAGAUACUCUGGCUCUGGGAGGCCCACAAUGAAGUCAAUCAACGCAUUGCCGGCGAUCCCAUCACUGAGGAUCCCCAGUUCCCAAAGAUCCAGUUCCCCAGCGUGGAGAACUGUCCCACCUGUCGGAAUAAUAACUCCGAGUGGCGGAGGGAUGAAGUCUUAAAAUAUUUGAAACACCUUUACGACAUCAAGAACGUGAGCUUUUACGGGCUUCCCACUUCGCAGGGAUACGAUUGAAAAUACAUUUCUAUUACUUAAACUACUUCACAUAAAUUGCAUUAUAAAUAUAUGCAUAAGCUUGUCAAAUAUUAUAUAUAAUCUUUAUUUGUUUGGUCAAAAGGUAAUAAAGUAAAUGUGAAUAAUA